CGUUAAUCCACAGACAAAUCUAUCUAUCCUAAAAUAUACUAGGUGCGUCCUGUGUUGUGCUGUGUUGCCUUUCUAGAGAGAGAAAGAAACCACCCAUUUUCCUAGAGAGAGAAAAUAAAAAAACCUCACACCCCCAUUUUUUAUUUUUCCACAUCCCCAAUGUUCUUCUUAUUUUAACUCUUUUUUUAUUCUGGGUUUUUAUAUUUUUAUUCAUAAAUAUCAAAUCUUUAAGCCAACGAUCUAGCGUUCUAUCUACAUUUAUUUAUUUUUUGAUAUUUUUUUUCGAGAUCUUAUAAUAAAGUGCGUGUAUGUGUGGGGGGUUUUAUCAUUAUUUUAGAUUUAAUUUAAUUGUGUUUUUGGAAUUGAAAUUGGAAUGACAUAAAUAAAGUAAUGGAAAAAGUUUAUAUGAUGGCAGAAGGGGGAUCUCGUUAUUGUUCUAAAAAAUCAGAUGAUUUUUGUGGUGAUAUUUGUGAUGAGGAUUCGGGAAAGCCAUCCACAAUGACAAGAUUACGCUGCAUUCUACGUGGGCUAGAGUUUAAAACAAUCAUAAUUUCCUUAGUAAUGGUUCCAACUAUUAUUCUCGGUUUGUAUGUUCACGGACAAAAAGUAUCCUACUUUUUACGACCCUUAUGGGAAUCACCACCAAAACCGUUUCAUGAAAUCCCACAUUAUUAUCACGAAAAUGUAUCAAUGGAAAAUCUUUGUAAGCUUCAUGGAUGGGGAAUUCGUGAGUUUCCAAGACGCGUGUUUGAUGCUGUGUUAUUUAGCAAUGAAGUAGAUCUUUUAACAAUCAGAUGGCAUGAAUUGUACCCUUACGUUAAUGAGUUUGUUCUUUUAGAGUCAAAUUCGACAUUUACAGGCUUACCUAAGCCCCUGGUCUUUGCCAGUCAUCAAGAUCAGUUUAAAUUUGUUCAGCCGAGGUUAACUUAUGGUCAAAUUCCUGGGAGGUUUCAGAAAGGAGAAAAUCCGUUUGUUGAAGAGGCAUAUCAGAGACUUGCAUUGGAUUUUCUUUUAAAGAAAGCGGGUAUUCAAGAUGAUGAUUUGUUGAUCAUGUCAGAUGUUGAUGAGAUACCAAGUAGACACACCAUUAAUCUUCUAAGAUGGUGUGAUGACAUACCUCCAAUUCUUCACCUUCGGUUGAAGAACUACUUAUAUUCGUUCGAAUUCCUUUUAGAUAAUAAUAGUUGGAGGGCGUCUGUACAUCGAUAUCAGUCGGGGAAAACAACUUACGCUCAUUACCGACAGUCUGACACAAUAUUGGCAGAUGCAGGGUGGCACUGUAGCUUUUGUUUCCGCCACAUCAGCGAGUUCAUCUUCAAAAUGAAAGCUUACAGUCAUGUUGAUAGAGUAAGAUUUAAUAAAUUCUUGAACCCUAUUAGGGUUCAGAAAGUAAUCUGCAAAGGGGCUGAUCUUUUUGAUAUGUUACCAGAAGAGUAUACAUUCAAAGAAAUCAUCGGGAAAAUGGGACCCAUACCACAUUCCUAUUCGGCUGUUCAUCUUCCUGCACAUCUUAUUGAAAAUGCAGAUAAAUACAGAUUUCUGUUGCCUGGAAAUUGCAUACGAGAAAGUGGGUGAGCGGGUAAUGUCUUCUAUUAUGUAAAGGUUGAUGCUCUAAAUCUGAAAGACGUAUCCUGCAAGUUUGACCAAAAGAAUAGUCGACUCUGGUAUGUAUUCUUGAUGGAUUUUGUGGGGGUGGUAGUGUAUAUAGUCUUUGUUUUUCGCUUGUUCUUGGUAGAGUUGGCUUUCUUUCAGAAUCUUGGCUUACUGAUUUACCGGGUCGGGGGAAGCUGUGCUUCCAUGGAGUUGCGAUUCAUGGGUUUGUUUGCCUGUUUAUUACUGGGCAUCACCAUUUUGAGAGGCCCCCCUUUGAGAGAGAUAAUCCAGACAGCUUCAGGCUUCUUUUGUAUUAGGAAAUUUUGAAUGCGAGACUAAUCUGCCAUAAAUAAUUAUUCAAAAUUCUGUUUAUUUUUUUUAACUUUGUAUCUAGAGUUUGUCCUGUUUAAAAUCAUAUAUCUUUAUUUGAAGAGGGUUGUGCCAAAAAUGAUUCUAUAUUGUUUGAUCUUUCAAGAUUUCUAUAUGAGAUUCAUUGGUUUCUUUA